AUGGGAGCUACAGGAGUACUUCUUGGCACACACUGUGUUGUCUUGUUCCUCCUUCAGAUGGUAGCACGGAGUUCAGAAGCAUUCACAGUGACUGGGUUGACUAAGCCAGUCUUGGCUCCAGUGGGUGGAACCCUUGAACUCAGUUGUCAGUUGUCCCCACCACAAGAUGCACAGCACAUGGAGAUUCGCUGGUUCAGGAACCGCUAUACACGGCCUGUGCACCUGUACAGGGAUGGUAAAGACCUUCAUGGAGAAACCAUCCCCAAGUACGUAGAGCGGACUGAACUGCUGAAAUAUGACAUUGGAAGAGGGAAAGUGACACUCAGGAUCUUUAGCAUGACUGUUGAUGAUGGUGGACCAUACCACUGUGUCUUCAAAGAUGGAGAAUUCUAUGAAGAGCACAUCACAGAGGUCAAGGUCACAGCCACAAGCUCAGACAUACAGAUUCUUCUGCAUCCCCCUAAUACCAAAGGAGUGAUGUUGGAGUGUCAUUCAGGGGGUUGGUUCCCACUGCCUCAUAUGGAAUGGAGAGACAGCAAAGGAGAGGUCAUUCCAGAGACAUCCAAAUCCCAUUCACAGGAUGGAAACAAACUGUUCAACAUGACAAUGGCUCUUUUUAUUAACACCAGCUCCUACCAGAGUGUUACUUGCUAUCUUCAAAACCGUCAAAGUCUCCAAGAAGAAAGCACAAGUAUCAUCCUAUCAGGUGAACUAUUUGCCUGGAAAAGUGUUUGGAUAUGGAUUCUGAGUAUGAUAGCAUUUGUGCUGAUACCCUUCCUCAUGACUUCCUGUGCUCAUCAACAUUUCGUACGAGGUAAUUUCUCCGUGAAAAAUUAUCCUUGUAUAAAGAGUGCAGUGGCAUUCAUGGGUUCGAUGGUUGAAAUUAUAGGAGUCAUUCUCAUCUUGCAUCUAAACCAAAGAGCCUUAGUUUCAGACUCAUAUUUUGAAUUGGAUACUUUUUGGUUAGAAGAUAUUAGUGUGAUCUUCUUUGUGUUGAUAGUGUUCAAGAUCAAGCUCAUUUCAUUUAUUUUCUUCAGAUUGAAAGGUAAAUAUGAUGGGAAUGGUGACUGUUCAAAAGAUUUAGUUCAUGUGACUGAUGCUCAGAUGUCUAGAAGGUGUCCUUCUGUCUUAUACCCGUUUCAACAUUCAUUACUGUGCUUCGGCAAAGAUCGACCAAAGGUAAAUAUUGUUAAUAGUGAUAGUAUAUCUUUAGUUCUCUUAUUUUCCUGGAUAUAUGUCUCUUUGGGAUUGUCGUGUGAAACUUUCACCAUUAUUAGGAGGAUCUGUGGUUUGGCUGUAAUCUCAAAGGAUCACACUAUCACAGAGUGUUGGGGGAAGCAACAACUAAAGCUUCCAGCACAUUCAGCUGUGUUGGGAAACAGAUUCAUCUGUGCCUACCACAAGAAAAACAGCUUCAGAAAAUAUUGUUGA